GCGGGCUCGGGGUGCGAGCCGGUGCCGCGGGGCCGGACUGUACCCGGCCCCGCUCCGGACACUCCGGGCCCGCCCGGCCCCUCACCUCCUGGGCAGGGAGCGCCGCCGCACAGAGAAGAUGAUCGAUACCCUGGCGAGCGGCGAGGCUCGGGACCUGCUGCUGCAACUCCCCGCAGUGCUGGAGCAGGAGCUGCGGGCUCAGCCCCGGGCCGCCGGCCUCAGGCUGCUCGAGGCUGCCCACGACAAUGGCCUGAGAAUGACCGCACGGCUGCGAGACUUCGAAGUGAAAGAUCUCCUCAGCUUAACUCAGUUCUUUGGCUUCCACACUGAGACGUUCUCACUAGCUGUGAAUUUCUUAGAUAGAUUCUUGUCGAAAAUGAAGGUACAGCCUAAACACUUGGGUUGUGUUGGACUCAGCUGCUUCUACUUGGCUGUGAAGGCAUCAGAAGAAGAGAGAAAUGUGCCCUUUGCCACUGACCUAAUUCGAAUAAGCCAGUAUAGGUUCACUGUUUCUGAUAUGAUGAGAAUGGAGAAAAUCAUAUUGGAGAAAUUGUGUUGGAAAGUCAAAGCUAUUACAGCCUUCCAGUUUCUACAGCUCUAUCAUUCAUUCAUUCAUGAGAAUUUAAGCUGUGAAAGGAGAAUUAAUUUUGAGAGACUUGAGACACAGCUUAAGGCCUGUCAUUGCAGAAUCGUGUUUUCUAAAGCCAAGCCUUCGGUGUUGGCACUGUCUAUUAUAGCACUAGAAAUAGAAGAACAAAAAUUGCUGGAGUUGACGGAGACAUUGGAAUUUCUGCAGUUACAUUCCAAGAUAAGCAACAGAGAAUUGACCUUCUGGAAGGAGCUAGUGCUUAAGUGCCUUAUGGAAUAUUCCUCAAGCAAAUGUUCCAAGCCAAAUGUGCAGAAAUUAAAAUGGAUUGUGUCUGGACGUACAGCUCGGCAGCUUAAACAUAGCUACUACAGAAUAACACACCUUCCUACCAUUCCAGAGACCACCUCAUAAUGGGAGUACAAUAAAAUGAAAAAACCAUCCUGUGACCUUGUCAACAGGCACAUGAAUAUUUGAGAAACAGUCUGAACCGUGAUCUUAAUAAUGAAGAACUCGACUCAUGGAAAGAAUAUGUAACAUUUCAGACUAAAGGUCCUUCCAGCAAAUACCAGUUCUUUUCAUGAUGAAGUCAACAGGAGUUUGUUUUCAGUCUUACUUGGUAGACUGUUUACUAGUCGGUGAAAUAACACAAUCCCAAUACAAGGAACUUUAACACCUUGUAGUUUGUAGAGCAGCUUGUGUAAUCUAACCUUGGUUUACAGUAAUUGCAGGUGCUUAAUUAGGUAUUCAUUUUUAAACCCUGGUUCACUUUCUGAGGAUUAUGCAAUACUAGGAAAAUCUGAUGUGCAGUGCUGCAAUGGAUUAAGAAAAGAAAGACUAAUCCCAUUCAAUAUUGACGACAACAGAAAUGACUGUCAGCUCACCUGGUGUGCUGUUUGGGCAGUGCCUUGUCCACAUGUUCUUGCCAGGAUGGGCACUGGCCUCCUACUACAAACACAUUAAACAUUAGCCUAGGUGAUAGCCACUGAACAUGUUGAGUAGGUAGAGCAGGAGAAAAGAGAAACUUCACUGUGCUUCUCUAGGAAAGACAGUCACUAGCACAGCAUCAGUAACUGCAGUACUUGGUAAGAGCUGUAGUUUACCAAUGCCACGAGUUAUCUCAUUGAGUGUAGAAGCUUGGUGAUAGCUAAUGAAGACUAAGAAAAAUAACUGGGUCACAUGUAACCCUUUCAUGCCCUAAAUCUGACAUAAGAUUUCCAGAAUUUUGCUGUACUAGAGGUAAAUGCUGAUGCUGAACAGGCACAUUUUUAGAGUCGGAGCAGGGCUAGUUCCCCAUCUUGGCAUGUGUGUAGGAGCAAUCCAGUCGAGAAACAUUGAAGAUUUCUUCAACUCUGAUCUCUUUGAGCUCUGUAAAACACAACUGUUCUGAAGACCAGGUCAGUAUUUGAGGCAUUCAUGCUUCUAGUGCUAACAAGGAAGUGAAUAAUAAGAAUGUAUUAUUGUAUGUUAGAUGAAAAGAGGUUCUGGGAGAGUGUUGCUAAUGUCCUCUUGAAUUCUGCGUCACUGUGGGACAGAGGCUGUUUGCAACAGGCUGUUAAACCUGAUUGUCAUAUGAACUGAUGGAGUGGAGAAGGAGAGAUCAAGAGUGUGGGAUGAGGUAUUAGCCAGCCAACCCUUCCCUGUAAUGGUACCAGCUGAGGUGGAAACUAUUCUUUGCAUAUCUCAGACUAGUUAAAGCUUUCACAGAAGACUCCAUACCAAAGCUCUCUACUGGACAAAUCAAGUCUUCUCAUGAGCUCAUGAGAGUGAUUGCACUGCAAAACGUGUAACUGGGUAUCACACCUGUCAGUGCUGCCUGGGCAUUGUGCUGGCCUGUGCAAAGUGAUUCAAAGGUGUGGUCAGCCUGCUGGGAGAGGAUGAAAUGUGCAAUUCUAAUUGUCCUGUCUCAAGAUAAGUACCUUUAAAUUAAACAUUGAAAUGUGCUUAACUAA